AUGCUGCGAGGACAUCUCAGCUCUGUCGAACUGUUACGAGGGUUCUUCAACCCCUCUUUCAGAAGGAAUCUAACACUAAUAUCAGUCAGAUAUGCUGACGAGAAAGAAAUACGAAAAACAAAUGGAAUGUUCUCCUGGCUAAAGGAUAUCUUCAGACCAGACUAUAGGAUCGACGAAGCGAUCAGUCACGAUGCGAUAUUGCCCGAGUGUUCGAAAGCUAAACAAAUUAAUUUCAAACUCGAGAACGUGGAGAGUCGAAAGAUCGAUGCCAUCGAGAAGUCGUGUGAGAGUCCACGUCUUCGUAAGUGUUCGACAGAGAUCGUCGACGUGAGUAAUUUGGGAUUGAAACUCCACGAAAACAAAGACUCUACGUGGGCAGUAUGGAACGACGUUGUCGACAAUGCGAAUCCAAAGCGAAAUUAUCAAUCGCCUUUCGCGCGUCACGAUCUUUUAACCCUGACCGAUCUUCUGAGUUGUCCGAACCGAAGGAUCGUGAGCUACGCCCCUAGGAACACGAGGCCGCCCAUUAGAGAGCCGAACAUGCCGGAGAAACGGGAGAAGAAGGACGACAAGAAAGACAAGAAAAAGAAGAAGCCGGUGAUACGAAUGGAGAGCGGAUCCUCGUCUGGCUACCAAAACGAAAGCAACGCGAAAGUCACGGGCCUGCAUGAUAACAUGGACGUGAACUUCCGAUGGGACAUCCGAGUCCCCGAAGAAUCGGACACGAGUCAUCAGUCGGUGUUGAAGGAGAAUUUGAGCAAAGAUAUGCGCCAAAUUGAGAACGUGAAUACCAAUGAAGACGUGAACGCUGCCCAAGCAAUGAGGAACCUGCAGCUGAUGAUGAGCUCCGCGAAAGACACCGAAGUGAAGAAAGAUGAUACUACGGAAUUAUCUGGCGAGAAGAAUAAACUUUCGGAUACGACUACGACAGACGCAUCGACGAACACCAACGAAGCAGCGAACCUGAAGGACUCUCUAAAGAAGAUACUGAAGACGUCCCCGACGUUGAUGAAGGAAACCAGUGUCGACGAGGAUUACGACGUUCCGAGCAACGCGAGCUUCGACGCGGAGAUCGACGCGUGGAAGGAUCUCGUUUUGAAGUCCAAGAUGCCUGCGGAUCCCUCCAAGGAGGACACUGUCAACUCGGAAAGACAAUCGGAGAUGUUGUCGAUCAGACCGGAACCUCCCGAGCCUAAAUUGGACGUGCAGGCUGUGCCAAGUUCCAGCGACGAGGCCGCGGCUGAGGAAGAAGGCGCGGAGCAUGCCAGAGAGUUCAAAGGUAACGCGGCCGGGAUGGACGUGAAAAGAGCCAGCAAUCCCACGGAUUUUCAAAAGGUCGACAGCAAGAAAUUCCACACCGGACCAUCUUGCUUUUCGAGAAGAAAAUCGAGAUCGCCUUUUUCCUCGUGGAUUCUCAACUCGUUGGACAACGACGUGAACUUUUCGACGGAUGCCGAAAGUAGCUGGGGAAACAUCCAGCGGACUGUUUCAGAAGGGGCGAGCGAAAUUAAUCGAGAACAGUUGAAAAACGAGAAUAACUUUGUGAAGAGCGAGGGCGUGGAGGAGAAUGUUGCGAACGCUGUGAUUUCGAAACGGCAACAGUCAGACAAGGAAGUUUCUUUGAAUCGGCCGCAAUCGACGAAUCUGGAUACGAAUGACGAUUCUGCGUCCGCGUCUUCUCAGAGUGAUUCGAGGAAGUACGAGACUGAUGAAUACUUGAAGGCUCAGACAGAUAAUUGUCAGUCGAAUUUUGAUUAUGCCAAUCCGUACGAGGACGACUUUUAUCCUGGUUACGAGUCCAUGUCGUUGGAAUCGACGGCAGAACAACCCUCCGAACGCAACGAAAACUCAUCAAACGAACAACAACAACAAAUUAGCCACAAGGAAAUGAAAUUUGUCAAGGAAAUGGAACAACCGGAGAACAGAGGAGAACAUACCGCAGACGAUAAUUAUAUAAAGGUACCCGGUGAUCCUUAUCCAUACAGUCGAGAACACUUCAAUAAAUGGCGUUGGUACGAGAAUUAUGGUAUCGGUCCACCGAAAACAGAAGAGGUUUCGAAUUCGCCGAUCGACAACUCUAACACAAGCGUAAAAGUCGAUACUCAGCAGCCUAUUCGAAAAAUGUCGCAGUACUCUCGCUUUCAAGAGAAAUGCUAAGAUUAUCCUUGAAAAGAUGGGACAAACAACGUAAGAAUAU